CCCUGGGUCUCGCCAUAGCACAGAAGCGCCUCACGCACUUACCGCCGCUGCUCCGCUCCUUGUGGGCGCCGCCAUCUUGUUGUACGGACACGACCUUUCCUCCUAACAAUCUCCGGGGCAAUCAAGCGGGCUUAGUAGUUUAGUCACAAUGAGACGAAGUUCAAGUAUUGCUGGAAGCAGUGGUCGCCAAUCUAUGAUGGCACUGAGAGUGCAGGACAACAACAAGAUGGGUCUUCAAACACCUCAGAUGAAGGACAGAGGUACGUUUGGGAAGCUGAGCAUGAGCAAACCUACACCUGGAACUUCGGAAAGAAAAGUCAGCUUUUUUGGGAAGAGAACUAGUGGGGCUGGAGGUUCACGCAACAGUCAGUAUGGUGUGUUCGGGACAGAAAAGAUCAAGGAUCCCAGGCCACUUCACGACAAGGCAUUCAUCCAACAAUGUAUCAAACAGCUUUGUGAGUUUCUUGUGGAGAAUGGUUACGCCCAUAAUGUUUCCAUGAAAUCGCUACAGUCUCCAUCAGUUAAGGACUUUUUAAAAAUCUUCACUUUUAUCUAUGGGUUUCUCUGCCCUUCUUACGAACUGCCUGACUCAAAAUUUGAAGAGGAAAUUCCCAGAGUUUUUAAAGAACUUGGGUACCCCUUUGCUUUGUCAAAAAGCUCCAUGUACACAGUGGGAGCACCACACACAUGGCCUCAGAUCGUGACAGCUUUGGUUUGGUUAAUUGAUUGUGUCAAGUUGUAUGCUGCCAUGAGGGAAAAUGCACCAUCGUUUGAUGAUGGACAAAACUGGGGAGGAGAGACGGAUGAUGGAAUUGUACAUAAUAAGCUUUUCCUGGACUACACUGUUAAGUGCUAUGAGCACUUCAUGAAAGGGGGUGAUACUUUUGAAGAACUGGAUGCAGAAGUGCGGUCAAAAUUAAAGGAUUUAUUUAAUAUAGAUGAAUUCCAGGUAGAAGGUUUAGCAGCUGACAACAAAAGACUUCAAGAAGAGAUUGCAAGACUAGAAAAAGAAAAGGAAAGCGAGCCGGAUCGUAGAGUAACACUACGAAACCUGAAAUCGUCUCUUCAAGCAGAUGUCCAGAAAUACCAGGCUUAUUUGACUAAUCUGGAAUCUCAUAUAGCCAUCCUUGAUCAAAAAAUGGAAGGUGUUAAUGAGGAAGUUGAGACAGCAGAAAUGGAAGUAGAAGCAAUGAAGCAGGAGAAUGCCCGGCUCCAGCACAUCUUUGAUAAUCAAAAGUACUCAGUUGCGGACAUUGAGAGAAUAAAUCAUGAGAGAAAUGAGUUGCAGCAAACCAUUAACAAGCUGACUAAGGAAGUGGAAGCAGAAGAACAUCAGCUGUGGAAUGAAGAGCUAAAAUAUGCUAGGAAUAAAGAGGCGAUUGAAAUGCAACUGGCAGAGUAUCAUAAACUGGCUCGAAAGCUGAAAUUAAUUCCAGUAAGCGCUGAGAAUUCCAAAGGCCACAACUUUGAGAUUCAGUUUAAUCCUGAGGCAGGACCAAAUUGCCUAGUCAAAUACAGAACUCAGAUCAAGGCCCCCCUUAUGGAGAUCAUAAACCAGACUGAGGAAGAAAUUAGGAAAGCUACUCAACGGAAGAUGUCUUUGGAAGAUACUUUGGAACAGGUGAAUGUAAUGGUAGUGGACAAGAAAAGUAGUGUGAAAACACUGAAAGAAGAAGCAGAAAAGCUGGAUGAUCUUUACCAUCAGAAGCUUAAGGAGGCAGAAGAGGAAGAGCAAAAAUGUGCAAAUGAACUGGAAUUGUUAGAGAAGCAUAAACAGUUACUUGAGAGUGGUGUCAAUGAAGGUCUCAGUGAAGCCACAAAUGAAUUGCAUGAUCUUCAACGACAAUAUCAAGUUGUUAUGCAAACAACAACAGAAGAGAGCAGGAAAGCUGGUGAUAACUUGAAUCGUCUUUUAGAAGUGAUUGCUACUCAUGUCGUAUCUAUAGAGAAAUAUCUUGAUGAACAGAAUGUGAAAAUUGACAGAGACUAUGAAGAAUUCAUGUCUGAAGAUCUAUUGUCAAUCUUGACCAGAAUUCUAGACAGUUAUAAAAAGAAGGCUGAAAAUCUGUAAUUACCAAAAAGGGGAAGAUGAAAAUUUUGUGUUUCUGAAGCUCUGGUAUGGUGCCUUCUAAAAGGAUGGGUACUUCCUGUGUUUAGCAAUGAAACUGGUUUUAAGUGUAAGGAAAUGUUUAUGAACAUCCUUUUGUUUUAUUGACAAAAAUACGUUAAAGAAUUAAACAAUAUAUUUUCAUUUUCUUUAAAAAAGCUUUGCUUACACUUCCUCCUUGCAAUAUGUUAUACAUGAUUACAAACAACACAACUGUGGAUCAGCUUAAUUUCAUUUUUUCUUUAUAAUAAAAUAAUUUGUGCCCUUCUAGGAACAUUAGUAAGAUAAGAGUACAGUUAACCUGUUAAAAUAACAAGCCAGAGGGGACUUAAAGAUGGCACCGCAGGUGACAGCACAAAUGCAGAGAGUGCUGACAACAUGAAAUACUGCAAUAACUAGUGGAUUUUGUAAACUUCUAAGAUUGCUAACUGAGAAAAGAGUUAACGCUUUCCUUUCUGGAGUAUUGUUUGUGCAUUUCAUAAUAUACUUAUGUAUUUAGCACACAUGCGUGACAGUGCACAUCCUUCCUCAAGCUUUUUUUUUUUUUUAGUAGCAAGCCAACUGUAAAUGUCUUUCAGUCUCCUUCUUGUUCAGUUAUCUACAAAACUGCCCAGAGACUCCUCUUACAUGAGUAAGAUUAUUUAUUUUUUUUUAAUAAAAACCUCUUUGAAAAGAUCAGUAGUCUGUAGAAGUUAUACAGUAGUCUUGUAAAUAGUCUAGAGAAAUAAACAUAGUCAGUUUGAAAACAAAGUUAUAGUUAUGUCCCUAAUUGCUCAUAGUCACAGAUGAAACCUCACCGUACUUCUUGAAUAUGUAUAGCAGAGAUAGCCCUAAGUAGGACAACAUAUGAAUUCUGGUGAUAUAGCUAGUCAGUUGUAGAUUUGGCUGAUGUUGGAUACAUCAAAAUGGACUGAAAUAAGUCUGCAUUCUUCUUGUUAGAGCAGUAGGACAGACUCUAUUUGAUUUUUCUUCCUCAGGAAAGUAGCAGUAAAAUUAACGUAUGGGGAGCUCCAGUCCAAAUACAUUGAAGAAAAUAUUACAUGUAUUUCUCUUUGUUCAGCGCUAUGUGAUGGUGUCUUAUCUACUCUGUAUAUACCUUUGUGUUUAAAAAUAAUAAUAAUAAAUCAGCAUUUAUGUCUUGGAUAGUUUAGUUUAUGAUGGUAUUUCCUAAGAAAAGUAUUGAAGUAUUUGAGUGUUUUUAAGAGUUCAGUGAUAAAUAUCACUGAUUCAAAUAUAGUCAUAAAAACAACUUUGCAGUCUGUUCAAAAGUUUUUAACAGAUGAUAGUUAAAUGAAGUUGCUCCUUAAUUCUAUAACUACUCACAAUAUUUGAAUGAAAUGCAGAUCCCAAGGAUAUACAACAAAACUAAAGUUGGACCAUCUGAACACAGACUGCAAGUGAAAACUAAGUUGUCUUUAAUUCUAGGCUAUUUUUGCAGUGCGUAGAUAAAACUCAGUUGUCCUUAACAUAGUGUAUGAAUCUUCUGGCUCUGGUAUGAGUAUUUUCUUUCAGAUAUUGUGAUAAUGAUGGCGUUACUUAAGCUUCUAACUUUCUGUUCUUUUGCUGUACUCCAGAAGUUUAAUUUGACAGCUAUAAAAGUUUUCUGACAGGUGGGUAGUAUUUAUGCUUUCUUCUGUUGUCCUCUUUCAUUUUACCUUUACAAACUCUUUUUCUCUUUUCCUGUAGCAGCCUAAUCCUUAUCAAAUCUCAGUUCCUUCUCUUCAGAAACAUUUUUUCCUUUGUGAUCUUCCUAGUAUUUUUGUUAUAUUAAGCAACAUUCUUCUAAUUAAGCAAAACUGUGAACCAUACAGAAUAAUCACGUUCCUUUAAAAUAUGUGCUUAUUUAGGGGCUGUUGCGCUCUCUUGGCUGAUCUUUCCUGAUACAUGUUUGUCUCUGCUUCUAUAACUGACUGUUCCUGUGUUUAUUAGUAUCUGCAGGUUCUUUGCCAUGUGGAGUAGUCAGCUGACUGAGUAAAUGAAAGCAAAAUAAAUGUCACUUCCAAGGACUAAUACUAACACAAUGGUACUGAGUUAAAGAAUUAAGGUCACAACGACCUUCCUUUGUGUACUGGCAAACGUAUUAUUCUGAACUUAAAGUAGUCUGAGUAAUAAAAAGUCCACAUUUGUAAUGUUGGCAACAAGUUAUUGGGUCUGUAUGUCAGUUAAACUGAAUUGACAUUAGAACGAGCUAAGGCUUUGACUUAGGUUCUGUAAAAUGCUAUGGGGGCUUUUAUGUCGUAAUAUAACAAUAGAUUAAUAUUGGCCAAUGUUUACUAGAUAAGACAUCUCCACAUUUUAAAAUGGAGGUAAUUUUUCAGUGCUUCUUGAACAUGGCUCCCAUGUGAUAUUUGAAGUCAAGUUGGUCAGUUAUUUUUUUUAUUUGUAUUCUGGAAUAUGGCUCUUAAAGUUAGACAACGGACACUUGAACAUAGUUACUGCUCUUGAUUUCGGAUUUGUUUCUUUUUUUUACCAGAAUGUAAAGUCUUAAUCAGAACGUACCACUGGCACCGGCACAUUUCAGUAGUACGAGUCAUUUGUAAAUUUUUUGGCUUUUGUAUGGAUAC